UGAUAAUGUAAUAAUGUCGAAAUCGAUCCGUACCAUGGUGUUUGUCAGCUAGAGAUUAGAAAUCUUAUCCUUAACAAAUCUUAUCUGUCGUGUCAGUUUCACCUGCCCAUACUGGCUGGGAGGAGGCUCUGCAGGCGCAAUAGCCUAAGGUGUGAAUGAAGGGUGAGUUCGUGAUGGUGUGGCAGGCUGCAGCGUGUCCCUACUAAGUAGCAGUUGACAAGUCCACUUCUUGACUCGAUCUGAACCAAAACGAGGCAGCCAUGAGGUGGGGCGACAUGAAAGAGUUUGUCACCUCCACACACUCCAUCCUUAAGCUGCUGGAGACAGCAGAUUUGGUGACAGCCAUGACCUUAUUCUUGGCGGGUAACAGAUGUCAGAGCAUUCCAAUGUACGUGUCUUUGUACGUGCUGCCCAUCGUGGUGUGUUUACUCUUCCUUCUCAUCUCCUACAUCACUGCCGUCAUGGUGACCGACAGCGGCAGGAACCCUUACUUCAUCCCCACCUGGGCUAGGGGGGAAUCUUGGCUCAAUGUUCUGGCGGCAUUGCUCAUGGUGGUGGGCGCUACACUCACACUGACACGGGCGCCUUGCUCUGACACUGCACUCACGGUCACCGCUGUGGCUCUAGGCUACAUCUGUGCUGUCAUGUUUGGAUGCAGUGGUGCCAUCACCUAUUUAGCACUCGUGCAGCACCAGGAGAGGAGCACCAUCAAGGUGUCACAGGAGCACAAGGAUGAUGGCCACAUUGCCACACUUGCGGGCAUAUUUUAGGUUAAGGUUCUCAAAUAUCGAGAAAUAAGACCACUUCCUCCUCCCCCUACUUUUUUGACUGUUGAGAGCACAAAUAACAAUAGCAUGGAGGGAAAUAAAUUUUUUUUUUUUACUCUUACAGCAUGUGGAUGAAUGUCUAUUCUAACGGUAUUAGUAUAUAGGCAAGGGAAUGACAUUUAUCAAGGUUCACAACUUAAAUAUGCAUAUUCUAUUAAAGACUUUAUUGUCUACCAUAGACAUCCCAUAAUCAAGAAUUCCAGAAAAAUUGCAUAGUGAAUAAAUAAUAAUAAUGUAAUAAUGACAUGAACAAUGUUGACAAUGAAGAAAAUAAACUUUUCAUAUAUAAUUAAAAACAUGGUCUACAA